AUGUAUACAAAUAGCCAUGAAAAUGAAGCCCAAUUCGACAAAUUAAUUGUUUCAAAUAAUAAUUGUUCUUAUUGCGAUAAACCAUUUUCCGAGAAAUUAUGGUGUAAAGAAUGUGACCCUGGGUAUGACGGAAGUUUGAAGAAAUCGGAUCCUGAACCUAUGAAGGUUGCUUUGAAAAGGUUAAAUGGAUCACGGGAUAUGUCAGCUAAAUAUUUUAGUGAGAAAUUGGCUUAUAGAUGUAUGGAUGCAAAACCAAAUCAAAGACCAACAGCCAAAGAAUUACUUGAUACAAUGGAAUUUUGGCAUGAUUCUAUUGACCCACUUGAGAUGCAUAAAGAUAAUAAAAAAUAUGGAUAUUAUGGAAAAGAAAUAAAGGAAGGAUUUGAAGAGGCAGAUGAAGAGAUACCAAAUAUUUCAAUUUCACGUAAAUCGAAUCCUGAUGCUAUAUAUACAAGUAGAGCAUUUACAUUUAAUAAUUUGACAAAACCUAUUAAUUCGUCUCUUAUCACCUCAUACCUUGAAAAGGAUGAGAAUAAUGAAG